AUGAGCAGUUGUUAUUUAUUAGAUGUCCACAUUAUUAGUGAGUGGGUGAGUAGUGAGGAUAUGUUAUUACUAGGAGCUCUGGUUUGUCUGAAGUUCUAUUUGAGCAAUUCAACAUCUCUUGUUAACUCUCUCACCUUAUCUGGGAAGGGUCAACCACGAGUGAGUAGCGAGACCCAUUUCCAUUUCGCGAGCUAUGCUAUGUAUUUCCAAAUGAUUCACUAUGGAGGUAUCACUCCAUGA